AUGGCGGCGCCCAUACAGAAGAUUGCCCGGUUAGCUUUUCACGUUUUUUCACGAAAGCAAUUCGAUGGCACGUUUCACGAAGGACUAAAAUCUCUCAAGUCAAUGCUUAAUAACAUUACCUCGAAAGAGCUGAACUUUGACGUGAAUAGUUUGAAAAGAAAUCCAACUCAAUUUGAAGAGGCACCAGUCGGUUAUGUCUCUAUAUGGGAAGACGAUGUCAUUUCCAUUGGCGUGUUUGUGGUGAAACCAAACGGACGACUUCCUCUUCACGACCACCCCGGCAUGCAUGGUUUAAUUCGUGUCAUCCACGGUGCACUUAAUUUGAAAAGUUUUACAGAAACGUCGGGUGUCGGUGUUCCCAGUGACUUAAAUCGCAAACUGACGACCCCACAGGAGAAAUCUUUGUUAAAACCAGCAGUACUGGUGGGCGAGAGUGUGGUAUCGACACAAGAUGAAUGCUGUGUGCUGACACCAACUGACGGAAACAUACACGAGAUAAGACCAGUUGGUGAAACCGUGGCAUUUCUUGAUGUCCUUUCUCCGCCAUAUGGGGAUUCUAAAGACUGUAACUAUUACAGCGAAAUGUCCGUUACAGAAAGUGAGAACCAAGGUGAUGGUAUAACAUGGCUGUUAAAGAUACCUUCUCCUGCUGAUUAUUGGUGCGAAACAUUUGACUACACAGGACCAGUUAUUGAUGAAGCUCAGUUUGAUAACUAAGAUUAUGCAGCAUAAUAAAAUAAUAUUUACAAAAAACUGCAUGUUUUAAUGUAAUAAACUAUUUGAAAAGUCAUCUGGCAUUGACUGAAACAAAAACAAAAUCCAACAAAUGGUUUACCUCAUGCAUAAUUACUUGCACCAUAAUGUGGAAACAUUAUAAAGGUACCAGUCUAAUAAGAUGAAUCAUAUUGAGUUUAAAUCAGUGAUAGAAAUAAGCAGAAUGUUUCACUGGACAAAUACAUCUACAAAUCGACUAGCUUGUUUUCAGUAAGUACAAGGACAAUGUUUUUCAUCGCUCAAAAGGAAAAUUCAUUGAACAUUUUCACUUGUCCAUUGGACAACCACCAAGGUACAUUUUGUUUGUCCGAGCACAUUUUCACUUGUCAGGACAAAUGGAUAAGUGUUUAUUUUAACCACUGUUAAUACACUUAAUAUAUUAUUUAUUUUAUUCAAUGGAAGUUGGUUUUAAUGGUCCGUGUACACACGGUUAAAUCUAUUACAUGUAUAUAAAUAUUCAUAUAAAAUUUAGGAAACAGUCAGUAAAUGUGAAGUACAAGCAAUUUCUAUAAAAUAUGAAGCAGCUUA